ACCACCAGCUGAUCGAUUGUACUUGUACAUGUGCCUUCCUUGCAGCACUAAUCAACACUUAGGCCCAAAAAAACGUGAAUAGUUUAUUUCUGCAGCAAAAUGACGAACUUACGCAAGGAGCUGGAGAAAUGCAAACACCCGAACAGUCGCAAGACCAAGGCCCUGGGAAAGAAGGCGCGCCGCCAGAACAACAAACAUAAAGUGCGCUUGGGCCAUGCCAUCAAAAGCAACAUCAUGGGCGAAAAGCUGACCUGGUUCUUGGGCCACAUCGCAGAGGAACGUACCACCCCGCUUAGUCCCCAGGAGUUCCAGGACCUGAUUGCCCUCUACAUGCAACGCUUCGACGACGAACUUGCCCAGAUUGCCCUGAAGCAGUCGAUUGGAAAGCAUCGCGCUAACCAGCAUGCGGCCCGCAAAGACGUCAUUACAAUUACACUGGAGAAGGAGCGGAACGAGUACCAGAGCGGCGGCAUGGAGCUGGUGAACCUGUGCGAUCCUCUCAAAUUGAAAAUGGUGCGGGAUUGGGAUGGAAGUGCCCUGAGUGUUCAGCAUUUGAAGUUGGAUCUUGUCUCGCAUAACAUGCUAGAACGCUUGAAGAAGCAGGGAGAAAAUCUUACAAGCAGUAAGGCGGAUGAGCAGAUGGAGACGGCAUAGUAAACUAGUUAAAUAAAAUAAAUAAACAAAAUAUCGCUUAAAUUGAG